AUGGUUUCUACCACGCUUCCCAGCGACAUUUCCGAUCGUUUGACGGAAGCCGUUGGUAAAUUCGAGAUCUCUAAGGAUGUGAUGAUUAAGGUUAAGGACGACUUCCUGGACGAGAUGAAGCUCGGUUGGGAGGCCGGUCAGGGUGCUGGUGCCCCUCCUGAGGCAUCUAGCGUCAAGAUGCUUACCUCUCACAUUAAUGUGCUCCCUCGUGGUCAUGAGGCUGGCAUCUACUACGCCCUUGAUCUUGGUGGAACCAAUCUACGAGUUCUCCGUGUUGUGCUUAGCAGUGAGAAGCAACCUGAGAUUGCCGAGAACAGGAAGCCCAUCCCUCAUGAUGUUAUGGGUGGCACUGCUGAGGAUCUCUUUGGCUUCAUCGCUGCCACCGCCAAGGAGCUUACUGACAAAUUCCAUGAUGAUGAUCUUAUGCCUGCUGGUUUCACUUUUUCUUUCCCCAUGAGCCAGUCUGCUAUCAACCAUGGCAAGGUGAUCGAGUGGACUAAGGGUUUCUCCGCUACUGGUGUUGUUGGAGAGGACCCUGCUGAGUUGCUCAAUAAGGCCUUCAAGGAGCAGGGUGUUCCGAUUUAUGUUGCUGCUCUGUGUAACGAUACUGUCGGAACCCUCAUGACUUGCUCUUAUGAGUUCGAAGGUUGUGGUACUUGCAGAGUUGGUAUGAUCAUUGGUACCGGUACCAAUGCUGCUUACUCUGACCCUACUCUUGGCAAUCUGGUCAUUAACUGUGAGUGGGGUGGAUACAACUUCAAGGAGGUUCCUUCAGUUCUCAACUGCUAUGAUGAAGAUGUAGACAGGGCUUCCCCCAACAAGGGUAGGCAGUAUUUCGAGAAGACGAUCUCCGGUAUGUACUUGGGCGAGUUGACCCGUUUGGCCACCCGUGAUGUCCUUAAGGGCUAUUCAGCUCAUUUGCCUGACUUCCUCAACGAGUCGGGCCUCGAUACGAAGUACGUGUGCGCCGCUUUGGAAGGCGAUAACCUCGGCUGCGAUGAUGAGGUUAUCAUGACUGUUUUCCGUGGUAUUGGUGAAGCUAAGGUCCUCAAUGAAUAUGAUCGAGCUGUUGAUGAGGCGUCGCCAAAUCCUGGCAAACAGCUGUAUGAGAAGACAAUUUCCGGCAUGUAUCUCGGUGAGCUUACUCGGCUGGCGUGUCUGGAUGUUCUUGAGGGCUACGCAGCGAACAAGCAGUUACCCGAUUUUCUCACUAAAGGGCCUCUUGAUGCCAAAUUCGUAUGUGCUGCCCUAGAGGAUGACGGCUUGAACUGCGACGAUCAGGUUGUACGUGUUGUUUUCCGCACCAUUGGUGAUGCUGUGGUAGAAAGAAGUGCUAAUCUCUGCGCUGCUGGUCUGGCAGCUGUCGCUGAGAAAUGCGGCAUUGGGCGGGAAAAUAAAAGACAUAUGCGAGAGGUCUGCGUGGACCACGGGAUGCCUCGGUGUUUGACAAUAGGAGUCGACGGCUCUCUCUAUCUCAAGGGGUAUCAGUAUCCAGAUCGCCUCUCUAUGGCAUUCAGUAAGAUCGUUGGAGAUGUCAUGGCAUCUCUCAUUCAUACAGUACAUAGUAGUGAUGGUUCGGGCGUUGGAGCGGCUCUGAUGGCUGCUGCUGUGUCUCAGUGA